AUGGUUCAGAACGCGAUUACACUGGCAGGGCGUGCGUCUCGACCCGCCAGCGGCAGUGCUGCUCCUGCUAGUGGGGAUGGCGGUGGUGGUGGUAGUGCACUGCCGGCUCCCCGCGGCGCCGGCGACGUCAGCAGGCGUCGCGGCCGCCCUUUCUGUGGCGGGGCCCGGCGCCGCCCACGCAACCGGCCGGCCGGCAGCCGCGCUGAAUGGAGCGCCGCCGCCCACGCAGCGCGCUGCGGUGUGGGCGACGCGGGAGGACCCUGCCCUGACGCCGCCGGCGCCGCCGCCACGUGGGGCGCCCCGCGCAGGCGCACAGCCGCGCACUCGGAGCGGAACGGCGUCGGCGGGGCGCAGUUGUCCCGCGGCCACGGAGGAGCUGCCAGCUCGGUGGACGCUGGGCUGCAGACUCUACCCAGCAGAGGAGCCUCACAACAGAGCGUAGCGACCGGGGGUGGUGGUAUUGGUGCUGGUGGUGGUGUUUGUGGUGGUGGCGGGUCCCCGCACCACGCGCUGGCACCGCUCGUCGCCUCUGGCGGGCUUUAUCUCAGCCACGCCACGCGACGCGACGCCAAGCCGCGGAUCAAUAGCGGCGCCCUGAUCGCCGAUAACCUGUGGCGCGCGCUUUCAAUCACCCGACAACGGCCCCCAGGCGUCGGCGUCAGAGGCGGCGUCAGCGGAGCCACGGCAGGGCGCAUCGUGGCGGCCGUCAGCCGGUGCUAA